AUAUCUACCAGAUAAAACAUAAAACAAUUAUCAGUAUCAGUUUCUUCCAUAACAGAAUUGUUCAUUCCAAUUGAUACUUAAGGAAAGCCGGUUUUACAGCGAACCCGAAAUUUAAUUCUGACCGUGACUAUAAAACUAAUACGUGGACGUGCCAGGGGAAUAUUUGUGAAAGUGGUCGCAACAAGAUACCUACUAAUUGACACAGCUGAUCAAGCAGAAAUGUUAAAAAUAUGGGGUCACCAUUUAUUAUUGUUUGCGGUACUCGUUAUAGAGAUCAGAGCUUUAAAUUCGGUGUGGCGAUGGGAAUGCGAUAACGGGUAUUGUCAAAAGAAGUCCCUGAAACCCGAACAAAAAGAAACGGCCCUGAGCCUGGCCGCAUGCCGUCUCUUCUGCUCAAAAUACGCAGCCAUCUGGCCCAAACCCACCGGUGACGUCCAAGUUGGCAAUUUCUUGGUAAAAGUCAACCUGAACAGCAUCGACAUAACCGGAGCAAAAUCCGAGACCCCAACAUUCGAUCUCAUCCGUUCAGCGGGAAAACGUUUCAUCGAGUCUAUCAAAGAACUAAUACCGAAGAAUGUCAAUCCAAGUGGCGGAAAAACUCUGAACGUUUGGUUAGACGUUAAAGAUUCAUCUCAGACUCGUCUUACGUUAGAAACGGACGAAAGUUACACUUUAAAGGUUUCUGAAACACAGGACGGAAGAAUCGAAGCUGUGAUCACAGCUCAAACUUAUUUCGGGGCUCGUCAUGGCUUGGAAACUCUCAGUCAGCUCAUCAUAUUUGACGAUCUCCGCGAUCAAAUUCAAAUGCCGAGAGACGUAUUCAUUUCUGAUAAGCCUGCGUACCCCUAUAGAGGUAUUUUAUUGGACACUUCAAGAAACUACAUAACGGUAAAUGCUAUAAAAAAGACUUUGAAAGGGAUGGGCGCCUCCAAGUUAAACACAUUCCACUGGCACAUUACAGACUCACACAGUUUCCCAUAUAUUUCAAAAUCACAACCAAAUCUUUCAAAAUACGGAGCCUACAGUCCAUCUAAAGUUUACACGCCACAAGAUGUACAAGAAAUCAUAGACUACGGUUUGGAGCACGGAGUCCGUGUUUUACCUGAAUUCGAUGCUCCUGCUCAUGUAGGUGAAGGGUGGCAGGAUACCGGUUUAGUAACAUGUUUCAACUGGCAACCCUGGCAGCAGUACUGUGUGGAACCGCCAUGUGGCCAAUUUGAUCCAACCAAAUCCAAACUUUACGAUGUCAUCGAAGACAUUUAUCGCGAUAUGUUUGAACAAUUUAAACCGGACAUAUUUCAUAUGGGAGGUGAUGAGGUGAACUUUAACUGUUGGAACAGUACCACUUCCAUAGUCGAAUGGAUGCAAAAAGAAAAGAACUGGGGACGUACCGAGGCUGACUUCAUAAAACUGUGGGACUAUUUCCAAAGUAAAGCGUUGGAAAAGGUUUAUAAAAUAGCUGGACGUGAACUUCCAGUCAUAAUGUGGACGAGCCAUUUGACACAAAAAGAAUAUGUUCAUUAUUUGCCUAAAGACAAAUACAUUGUACAGAUCUGGACAAAAGGUGAUGACGAACAAGUCAGCAACUUACUUAGAAACGGAUAUAAACUCAUAUUGAGUAAUUACGAGGCAUUAUACUUCGAUUGUGGGUUCUCCGGCUGGGUGACCGAUGGUAAUAAUUGGUGUGCUCCGUACAUUGGAUGGCAGAAGAUUUAUGAAAACAAACCUAUCAAAAUUGCAGGCGAGAGGAAAAAUCAGAUACUGGGGUCAGAAGCGACACUUUGGACGGAGCAGGCGGAUUCGACGUCAACCGACAGUAGGUUAUGGCCCCGGGCUGCCGCAAUGGCUGAAGUAUUGUGGUCGGAACCGGAGACGUCGUGGCGUGAUGCCGAACCCAGAUUACUUGUGCACAGAGAACGCCUAGUACAGAAGGGCAUAGAUGCUGAUGCUAUGGAACCGGAAUGGUGCAGACAGUAUGAGGAGAACUGUCCUAUUGGUGGAGUGUUUAAUAAAGACAACGUCCAUUAAAUUACAUCUAAUAUCAAGACUAUUAAUUGAAAACAAUUUAUACCAGAAUUUUAAUAAAAAAAUCUAAAGUG